GAAAGGGUGGUGUGUGUGCGAGGGCAAGUGGGGAGGGGGACUCAGCUCAGGACAGGGAGGCCCUGCUCGCAGGUCCCGGGGUCCCGGUGGCAGCCGGAGCGCUUGGUCCGCUGGCAGCGGGCCGGUAUUCCCCUCUCCGCCCCCACCCCGCGCGUGCGCGCCCCGGCCCCUCCCUCUGCCACCCCCCUCGGCUCCCGCGCGGCGGCGGCGGUUCCUCUCCCCCUCCCCCCAGCCCUGGCUCCGGGGGACCCCGCGAUGCCGGUCCGCACCGAGUGUCCCCCGCCGGCCGGUGCCUCGGCCGCCUCCGCGGCCUCGCUCAUCCCGCCGCCGCCCAUCAACACCCAGCAGCCCGGCGUGGCCACCAGCCUGCUCUACAGCGGCUCCAAGUUCCGCGGCCACCAGAAGAGCAAGGGGAACUCGUACGACGUAGAGGUGGUGCUGCAGCAUGUGGACACGGGGAACUCUUACCUUUGUGGAUACCUGAAGAUAAAAGGCCUUACGGAGGAGUAUCCAACCCUUACGACCUUCUUUGAAGGAGAAAUAAUCAGCAAAAAACACCCUUUCUUAACACGGAAGUGGGACGCAGACGAAGACGUUGAUCGGAAACACUGGGGCAAGUUUCUGGCUUUUUAUCAGUAUGCAAAAUCAUUUAAUUCAGAUGACUUUGAUUAUGAAGAGCUGAAGAAUGGGGAUUAUGUCUUCAUGAGGUGGAAGGAACAGUUCCUGGUCCCGGACCACACGAUCAAAGACAUCAGCGGGGCUUCCUUUGCUGGAUUCUAUUACAUCUGCUUCCAGAAGUCGGCAGCCUCCAUAGAGGGCUACUAUUACCAUAGGAGUUCAGAAUGGUAUCAGUCGCUCAAUCUAACUCAUGUUCCUGAACACAGCGCACCCAUCUACGAAUUCCGGUGACAGUGGUUCAGAGCAGGAACCAAAUAAAACUGAACUUGGCAAAAAAAAAA